GUACGAUCUGCAUAAUUUACUACUUCUUAAGGAAAUUUUGAAUGAAAAAUUCUUUAUUGCAUAAAAAUAAUCUGCUAUCGGAAUAUGAAUUCACAAGUUCAAAUUUCUAACUCGGAAAACAAUCAACCUUCUCUUAUUUUUACUCAUCCUACUACUUUUUACUAUCGGCCACCAAAUGAUUGUUAUCAUUAUCGAGUUAUUUGCAAGGAAAUCUCGAACGACACCGUUGAAUACCUAUUAAAUAAAUUAUCAAAAGAAAGUAACGUUCAAUCCAAUGAAAAUGAAUAUAUCAUCUAUUAUCAGCAACAAUAUAAUAACCAGUUUUAUCAAAUAUCAUGUGAAAUUGUUUCUCCUCACAUGAUUAAUAAUUGUUUGAGUAAAAACUUUCUUGGAAUUGAAUUUCAACAAAAUAUGGAACAAGAGAAUUUAGUGUUAAACUUCGAUCAAAAAGAGCAUCUCAAAUGUCAUUUGAGGAAAUAUUUAGGUCAAUAUGUAUUAGAAAUUAAAAAUUAAGAUUUAAAAAUUUUAAGUAUACAUUCUUACAUAUAGGGAUUUCCUUUUGUAAUGCUUUAAUUGUAUGUCGUCGACAUCACUUUUACAGCACUAGCCAAUUAAG